CAAUAACAGUAAACAUCUCCAUGUGUUCUAGAUUUAAAUUGUAGUUUGUAAUAAUCAUAUUAUUGGAUAUCUUCCUCGUGUGUUUGGUCUCUUUUGCUAUUCCUUAAAUUUAUGCAAUAUUUACAAUGGGUCGAAAAAUCAAUUUUGCUGAAAAAAUCAAAAAAGGGCCUGGUAAGAAAUCUAGGAAACAGAAAGAUCCAGUUUUCUUGAAUAAUUUAAAAGAUCAAACAGAACCUAAGAAGUUUUCACGUAAACAAAAAGCUCGAGCUGCAAAACGAGAAUUACUUAAAACAAAAAAGAAUAUAUUGAAAAAUGAACUGCAAUCAAAUGUUUCAAAAGAAAAAAAAAUCGGUGAUAAAGAUGAUAAAUUUAGCAAGAAAAACAAUCAUACAAUAUCAACCGAAAUCGAUUACGGAAAAAGUAAGGAAAAAUAUUCUAAACUAGUCGAAAAAAACAGCAUGAAACAAAAAAAAAGUGAUUUGUUGGAUAGUGACGAUUCUGUAGACGUUACUGCAAAUAACAACAAAUCAAAUAUAAAAAGCUUUCUAGGAUCCGAUGAUAGCGAAAGCAAUUACACUUCAAGUGAUGAAGAAGCAAUGUUGCCCAUUGAGCGGGCUGGGAAAAAGCUUAAAAGAAGAAAAGAGAAGGAUGAACGUUUGGCAGAUGAAGAAAUGUUUGAUAUAGCUGCAAAUAAUGAAAAAUUCGAGUUUCCUAAUGAUGAUACGGCAUUGACUAAUCUACAAUCAGUUAAUUUGAGAAUAAAAGAUGUUAUAGGCGUACUUACAGAUUUUGCAUCAAAUCGAGAUCCUAAUCAUUCUAGAGCGGAGUACAUUGACUUGUUGUGUAAAGACCUUUGUGUGUAUUAUUCAUACAAUGAUUUUUUGAUGCAAUUGCUGGUAAAGUUAUUCGCACCAAAUCAAUUGCUUGAAUUUUUGGAAGCUUCGGAAAUCCAAAGACCGUUAACAGUUAGAACAAACAGCCUAAAAAUACGACGUCGUGAUUUAGCGCAAGCUAUGAUUAAUCGUGGUGUAAACUUGGAUCCAUUAGGAAAAUGGACAAAAGAAGGAUUGGUUGUGUACUCUUCACAGGUUCCGCUAGGAGCAACCCCUGAGUAUUUAGCUGGUUAUUAUAUGAUACAGGGCGCUUCCAGCAUGCUUCCGGUAAUUUCAUUAGCUCCAGAAGAAAACGAGCGUAUUUUGGAUCUUUGUGCGGCUCCCGGAGGCAAAAGUUCCCAUAUUGCAGCACUCAUGAAAAAUACUGGCGUACUCUUCGCAAAUGACAUUAACAAAGAGAGACUUCAGGCUGUCGUUGGCAACUUUCAUCGACUGGGAAUUCAAAAUGCCAUUGUAACUAAUAUUGACGGCACAAAAUACAAUCAAGUAAUGACCGGAUUUGACAGGGUAUUACUUGAUGCGCCAUGCUCUGGAUCUGGGGUCAUAUCCAAAGACCCCAGUGUUAAAACAACGAAAACCGAAAUUGAUAUUCAACGUUGUUACAAUUUACAACGAAAAUUGUUGUUGUCAGCGAUCGAUUGCCUCAGUGCAAAUUCAAACACAGGAGGUUACCUAGUAUAUUCCACGUGCUCCAUCCUCCCACAAGAGAAUGAGUGGGUUAUUGACUACGCUUUGCGGAAACGAAAUGUAAGGCUUGUCUCUACAGGAUUAGAUAUUGGUACAGAGGGGUUUGUGAAUUUCGCUGGGCAAAAGUAUCAUCCUACUAUGAGACUUACCAGGAGGUUUUAUCCUCACACUUAUAACAUGGAUGGAUUCUUCGUAGCAAAAUUGCAAAAGUUCUCCGAUGCUAUUACUGCUUGUAAUAACGAUAAUGAUUAUGAAAACACGAGUUCCAAUGAAGAGCAAACUUUUGAAAACCUUCCAAAGAAGAUCGACAAAAGAGAUUGGUUUUAUAAAGACGUUAUUGAAAAACGAAAACAACUUCGCAAGGAUACGAAUCACGUGGUCAAAAUAUUUGAAAAGCCCGCUAAAAAUAAGGCUACAGUAAAUCAGGUGUCGUUUGAUAAUGCAAUCAAGGAAAAUGAAUUAGACAAUGUCAAAGAACACUUCUCUAAAAAAAAAGACGAUAAAAAGAUCAAGAAAGUCAAGAAAAACUUAGUGCUCUUGAAGCAUUUCCUGUCAGAGUAAAAGUAACAAGCUAGGUACUACAACCUAUCAUGCAUAUAUUUGUAAGACAUAAUAAAAAUGAAAAUUUGAUUAUAUUUCUUUCUGAACAA